CUAACCCUGCAGCCGCCGCCCCGUCCAUGUUCUGAUCGGCUUCGCCACCCACGUCGCGCCGCGCGCCACCGCCGCCCUGCGCUGUCCGCUGCAUCUCCGGCUCGCCGCGCGGUACGCCUCCAGUCCCACAUCCUCUCCGAGAGAAACCAGCGACAAUGGUGAUCCCUCCACCCGACAGGGCAGCUAGAAUUGUCGGUUUUCUCAAGCCCUACCUUUUGAGGAUGCAUUUCUCGAACAAGUAUGUGACCGCACAGGUGAUCCAUACCCCAACAGCGACCGUCGCGUGUUCUGCGAGCUCACAGGAGAAGCUGCUGAGGCCGAACUUGGAGUCGACCCGCGACGUCUCUGCCGCGGCAAAGAUUGGGAAGCUGCUGGGCGAGCGCCUGCUGAUCAAGGGGAUUCCUGCCGUGUCCAUCCACAUGAAGAGAGAGCAGAAGUACCACGGGAAAGUCAAGGCUGUUAUAGAUUCUGUCAGAGAAGCUGGUGUCAAGCUGUUGUGAUGGUGAAAACAUAGAUGUCGGCUUAGCAUUUGCGCAGUCUUGAGCUGUAUUUCUGACGUUUGGACUGAUUGCGGCAACUUUUGUGUUUAUAAAUUCGGCGUUGAACAAACGUUUGUCCAGGCCUCGGGGUCAAUAAAAGGACCGUGUUGUAGGAGCUUAACCUGAUAACCUGCAGUGACACUUGAGGAUCAACAACCUGUUAUUGUUAUGUUUCUCCUCUCCGAAAUGCCACGGAGAUCAUUGGGCUGAGGAUAUUCCGUGCUUGGUUUCCUGUGACGCUAAAUUUGGUAUGGAAGACUGUUUUGUGGAUUA